AUGACCGCCUGCCCGGAGCCUCCCCAGCGGCGCCCUGGAAUCGGGAUAGGAGUAGUGAUAACUAGCAGCGGGCAUCCUGGUUGUGUCCUCCUGGGCAAGAGGAAAGGGUCAGUUGGAGCCGGCAGUUUUCAACUUCCUGGGGGUCAUCUGGAGUUCGGUGAAACGUGGGAAGAAUGUGCUCAGAGGGAAACCUGGGAAGAAGCAGCUCUUCACCUGAAAAAUGUUCGCUUUGCCUCAGUUGUGAAUACCUUUAUUGAGAAAGAAAAUUACCAUUAUGUGACCAUACUAAUGAAAGGAGAGGUGGAUAUGACUCAUGACCCAGAACCAAAGAACGCAGAGCCUGAAAAAAAUGAAAGUUGGGAGUGGGUUCCCUGGGAAAAAUUUCCUCCACUGGACCAGCUUUUCUGGGCACUGCGUUGUUUAAAGGAACAGGGCUACAAUCCAUUUAAAGAAGAUUUGGAUCAUUUGGUUGGAUACAAAGGACAUCAUCUUCAGGGGUACAAGAAGAUAACCUGAUUUAUAUUUAAAAGACAAGAUAAGGUCCUGUUAGAGAGUGAAAAGUAUCGGCAUUUCACAACUCCAUUUAUCUAAGAAGUUCCGUAUGAUUGUCAAUUUAUUUGAUCUCUCUUAAUAUAUCCAUCACCCUUUCAGCCAGUACUUGUGAAGUAUUUUCUGGCAUUAUGUCAUGAAGUGCACAGCAGACUCUGUGUGAUUAAAUGGUGAUAUUGCGGAAA